UGACAUCAUCAUCAUCAUCAUCAAAAAACGUACGUCAUGCAUGGUGGUCGUGUUCCCGCUUAUACUAGUCAUACAUAUCCCACGUACGUUGUGUGUCUGCUGCUCAUUUGAGUGACAUUCGUGAUCUGCGAUCACAGUUAGAAGCUUACUUGCACUCUUGAUACACAUUUACUAAGGGUUGGAUUGUUUUACGCUGUAGGCCUAGUAGAUUCUGUCUGCACACUGGACUCGGCACCUUAGCAGUCUGUCUUCUCUGAGCAUAAUUACCUACAAACCGCUUUCACAGAAGGUAGCGUGUGAAGUGGGAUCGUGGUUGUUUCCUCACCGGCCAAGUCCACAACUAGAGAGAUGUUGGGACAAGUGAGGUUACCCUUGGCAGCAUGUGUGUGCUUGCUGUUAAUAUCAGCAAUGCCACCACUGUCGGAGACUACACCACCACCAUCUGCACCCACACCAUCACCAACUGGAGGACCAACAUCGUCGUUAACAGGGGCACCAACACCGUCGGCGUCUCCAAAACCAGCACUGUCAGCAUCUGCAGCACCGACAUCAUCGGCAGGAGGAACUCCGACAUCUUCAGCCUCUCAAGCACCAACACCGUCAGAAUCUGCAGCACCAAAUCCUUCGGCAUCUCCACCACCACCACCACAAAGUGCAGCACCAACACCGUCGGCAACAGGGGCACCAACACCACCGGCCUCCCCAACACCAAAACCGUCAUCUCCGGCACCAUCACCAUCACAAAGUGCAGCACCAGCACCAUCGCCAACAGGUGCACCAACUCCAUCAGCCUCCCCAACACCAAAACCAUCAGCAUCUCCGUCACCGUCAGCAUCUGUAGCACCAACACCGUCAGCAACAGGGGCACCAACACCACCAGCCUCCCCAACACCAAAACCAUCAGCAUCAGGGGCACCAACCCCGUCGCAACCAGCAACAGGGGCACCAACACCACCAGCCUCCCCAACACCAAAACCGUCAGCAUCUCCAGCACCGUCACCUUCAGCAUCAGGGGCACCAACCCCAUCGCAAAGUGCAGCACCAACACCGUCAGCAUCAGGGGCACCAACACCACCAGCCUCCCAAACACCAAAACCGUCAGCAUCUCCAGCACCGUCACCUUCAGCAUCUGUAGCACCAACACCAUCGGCAUCAGGGGCACCAACACCACCAGCCUCCCCAACACCAAAACCGUCAGCAUCUCCAGCACCGUCACCUUCAGCAUCUGUAGCACCAACACCAUCGGCAUCAGGGGCACCAACACCACCAGCCUCCCCAACACCAAAACCGUCACGAUCUCCGGCACCAUCGCCAACACCAGGACCAUCCUCCAAACCAACUACAUUACCCACAUCCCCCCCAGGCACCACUGCUGGCCCAAACAAGAAUCCUGCAGAUAAGGGAUCAGGGUCAACAGGUGCCAUUGUUGCUGUGGUGGUGUGCGUUGUCAUCUUGUUGGCACUAGUAGCAGUUUUCUUCGUCUACAGGCGACGGAAGCUCAGAAACAGUUACGGUCGUCUGAAUGAAGAUACGGAAGAGAGCGGUUGGUCGGCAUUCUCUAAGAAUCCUAUCUACAGAGGUGACAGGGACUACUCGCCACUCUGAAAAUCAUCAGCAUGGAGAGGCAACUUGACUGGUCAGGAGUAUUUGGAAUGAAGUCAGGAUUUCCAAGGAUUGGAUAUUGGGGUUGGCUGUACAGCGUUUUCUCAUAUGAUUAUGUACUUGUGCGGGGAGAAUGGAGGGUCAAGUCCUCACUCUGCUUUUGUUUUGUAAAGGAGUAAGCUGUGCCUUUUCGAGAGACCCAAGAUGAAAAUGUGAAACCGGAAAAAGGUAUUGCGUAAUUUGAAGAGUUUUUAACGGGUGUUCGUGGCUUUAUUGAGCUGCCUCUAUUUUGCAUCUUGCUUUUACAGCAUUAUUCCAUGCGUCACAGCAUUUCUCUGAUUUCCAACAGCUCGUGCAAACCAACUCUUUGAUGGGCACAAGAUUUUUCCUGCUUUUGUUUUCACGGCUUUUGGGGGCAUUCACCACUCUCAAAUUUCAAAACUCCAGGUUCCAAUGUGUAGUUCAUGUUGUAUAUCAUUUGGUAAAUGUGUCUCAAUGCGGACAUGAAAUAUCAUGCGAUACACGAGCACUGAAUGUUAGGUGUGAAAUCUUUGGUCGUCAAAAGUCUGCAAAGGUGUGGGUGUGCCCCUCGUAACUCCACAUACACAAUGUUCUGCUGCAUACUUUCUUACUCUUCCCUUGUAUAUAGCAAUUUGACGUGAGACAAUUUUGUAUCUCUCUCUCGAACUUGUAUUUUUUUGUAUUUUCAUUUGCGAUUGGCUCGGGCAACAUGGGGAUUAUUGGUAUAAAAGUUGAAAGUGAAGUUUAUGUGAAAUUUAGUUGUGCAAGGAAAUCAGGGAGACGUCGGCAGUUCUGACCAGUUGCCUGAGUUGGCUUGUAACUGCUAAAUUGUCUUGCGUAACAGAUUGGAUGGAAAAGGUGAACAUGUGUUGAAAGCUGAAAUUUAGCCUGAGCUCUCCUUGCUUUUCUGAAGCCAUGAACACCUACUAGGAAAUUGUUCAUGACCUCAAAAGCCCUAACCUUUGGCAGCCGUCUUAUACAGUGUUGUGGAACUACACGUUUCUGUGAGGUUGUGCAUGAAUUCACAGAAACUUUCUGAAGACCAAAAAAAAAA